CCACACAACACACAAAACACUAGUCAAGUUAAAAAGAGCAGAAGUCCCUAUAAACAAACACUAGAAAAAACCCCACUUGAGUCUUGAUAUUCCAUUUCUAUGCUCCUCUCUCAUUAAUCCAAAACCCAAAAAUGAAGAGCAACUCAAACCCCAAGCUCAUACUCCUCCACUCUCCCCUUCACAAACAAAUCCCACCACCACUACCCUCUCACUACCACCGCCUCUGCUUCUUCUUCCUCCUCCUCCUCACCUUCUUCAUCUUAACCUUCACCCUCAUUACCUCCACCAUCUCCGCCACCACUUCCUCCGCCGCAAGCUCCACCUCUCCCCUCCCACCUUCCAUCUCCAGAGCCCUCCUCCACUAUGCCUCCUUCAACUCCACCACCGCAGCCAACAAAGCCAUGUCCCCUGCCGAAAUCAACGCCGUCGCAACCACCCUCCUCCGCACCCCACCGCGUCCCAACCUCCUCAUCUUUGGCCUCACCCACGAGUCCCUCCUCUGGUCCGCACUCAACCACAAUGGCCGCACCGUUUUCCUCGACGAGAACGAGUACGCCAUCUCCAAAUUCGAACAAUCCAACCCCGGCGUCGAAGCCUACGACGUUCAGUUCACUACAAAAGUAAGCGAGCACGCUCAGCUUCUCUCUCAGGCGAGAGCAGAGUCCACCGGAGAUUGCAGACCCGUUCAGAAUCUCCUCUUCUCGGAAUGCAAGCUCGGAAUCAACGAUCUGCCAAACCACAUUUACCAAAUCUCAUGGGACGUGAUUCUCAUCGACGGGCCGCGCGGGUAUUCUGCUGCAAAUCCAGGGAGAAUGUCGGCGAUCUUCACGGCGGCGGUGCUGGCGAGGAGUAAGAAAUCCGGCAGCACCCAUGUUUUUGUUCACGAUUUCAAGAGGGAAGUUGAGAGGAUUUUCAGUGAUGAGUUUCUGUGUCAGGAGAAUCUGGUUCAGAAUGUGGAUCAAUUGGGGCAUUUCGUAGUGAAGAGUGAAAAGGGAGGAAGCUCCUCCCAAUUUUGCAGGAACUCCAGCUCGUUGCUGUCAUUGUCGGUGUCGAAGGUGUCGGCGAAGAAGAAGAUUAAGGAAUCACUUUCCUUUUCUAAGAAAUUGUAAAAUUAAUUAAGGUUUUUUUUUAUAAAAAGGAAGUUUAAUUUAAAUAUUUAAUUUGGCGUUACAAUA